CUCACAUCCUGGCUGUUUGUAAGAGGUCCUGACGUGCCUCCAGCACCGGGAAGUUUGGCUGGAACAGAAAAUGUCCAGAGCUGGAACCAAGAUCACCUUCUACGAAGACAAGAAUUUCCUGGGCCGUCGCUACGAGUGCGACAGCGACUGUCCCGACUUCCACACCUACCUGAACCGCUGCAACUCCAUCCGGGUGGAAGGAGGCACCUGGGUGGCCUACGAGCGGCCCGACUUCUCGGGGAACAUGUACGUGCUGACGCAGGGCGAGUAUCCCGACUACCACCACUGGAUGGGCUUGAACGACCGCCUCGGUUCCUGCAGAGCUGUCCAGAUUCCGAGCGGAGGCCGGGGCCACAUCCAGGUGUUUGAGAAGGGAGAUUUCGGCGGGCAGAUGUUCGAAGCCACCGAAGACUGCCCUUCCAUCAUGGACGAGUGCCGCAUCCGUGAGGUCCACGCCUGUCGGGUGCUGGAGGGCGUCUGGGUUUUCUACGAGCACCCCAACUACCGGGGCAGGCAGUACCUGCUGCCCAAGGGGGAGUACCGCCAGCCCGUGGAGUGGGGAGCCGUGAGCCCUGCCGUCCAGUCCUUCCGCAGCAUCGCCGAGUGA